AUGUUGCUUAGACAUUUGCUUUCCUUGGGGGCUUUGCUAGUCAAUGGUCCUUACUCCUCUCAUGUCUUCCGAUACAAUCCAUUUUUUAAUAAUUUAAACUAUUCAAGGUAUGAUGAUGAAUUUCACUCAACAUGUUGCACCAGGACUCAGAACUGUGAGCUAUUUAGAGAACGACGACCAGUCAAGACAUGCACUGGCUAUGUACCACCAAGGCAAACCUUGGUCUGGGGUGAUCCUCACAUUAAUACUCUUGAUGAUGCCACAUAUACUUUCAAUGGACUUGGGGAAUAUGUUCUGUUGCGUACUAUUAAUGCUGAUUUUGAAAUACAAGCACGUACUAAACUUGCCACACCCAACACAACUGCUACAGUAUUCAGUGCUGUUGCUUUGACUAGUGACAAGGACAGGACUGAAGUAGUUGAGAUACAAGUUGAUAAUGACAAAAAUCAAAAUUUAAUUAUCCUCUAUAAUGGUAAUGAUGUGAGUGCUAAUCUCUCCGCUGUUAAUGACACACUGGACUAUAAUACUGUGUCACUAGCAAGAGAAACACAAGAUGUAAUAUCUGUUGCAUUGUCAAGUGGUGUAUCCCUCAAUGCCACCUUGAGAUUAGGCAUCCUUUCAUUCACAAUGGUAGUACCAGAAACAUACAUGAAAAAAACAAUGGGACUUCAAGGAAACUUUGAUGGAGACAAAACUAAUGAUUUUGUUAAUAGAGAAGGAAACAUGAUUCCAUACAACUCAUCUGAUGCUGAUAUAUACCAUAAUUUUGGACAAACAUGGCAAAUUCAAAGUGAUCAAGAAAGCCUGUUCACUUAUGCUCCUGAAAGGACAUAUGCAAGUUACUCCAAUCCAAACCAUGUUCCAGUAUUUCUUGAUCAAAUUGAUCCUGAAACUAGAGCAGAAGCUGAGAGAAUAUGUGGAGGGUCUAAUAAGAUUGAGUGUAUUUUUGAUUACAGUCAAACAAAGAAUGAAGAAUUAGCAUUAGACACUCAGACAACAAUGGAACAAAAUGAACUGAACAAGCGAAUAGGAAAUAACUUACCUCCAGUAAUUGAAGCUAGUGAUAAUUUCAUGCUAACAGUAGGAGAAACUGCACUAUACACAAUAAAUAUCACAGACCCUGGAGACACUAUCAGUGUUACUAUUGAUGGAGAGUUUCCAUACACACUUGAUCAAGAUGGAUCAUUAUGGACACUUAAUGUAAUCCAUUCUUCUCUUUUUGAAUUCUCAUUUACUGUGAUAGCAAGUGACUCAUUCAAUGCAACAUCAGUAAUAACUCCUCAAGUGAGAAUUUGUGGUUGUCAUACAGAUAGAGGUAGCUGUACUGUUGAAGGUGUACAGAAUGCUUCCAGUAACCCAUUGAUUUUAAUAUGCGAUUGUAUUGAAGCAUACAAUGGAAAGUACUGUGAGGAUGAUUUUGAUGGUUGUAUUGAAGUAUCAUGCUUCAAUGAUGCACCAUGUACUGAUGUACCAGCACCUGGAACUGGUGCCACUUGCCCACCUUGUCCUAGUGGAUACACUGGAAAUGGAUUAAUAUGUGAUGAUAUUGAUGAAUGCAAUUCAACUAGUACCAGCAAUUGUUCUCAUUUCUGUAACAAUACUAUUGGUAGUUAUCAGUGUACAUGUAUGUCUGGAUAUGAGCUUCAUAGUGAUGGGAGAUCAUGCAAUGAAAUUAAUGAAUGUAAAAGGCUACUUGAUAAUUGCCAGCAAGAAUGCAUGAAUACUGAUGGAUCCUUCAGUUGUAGUUGUUAUGAUGGGUUCUUACUACAAGAUGAUGGUCGUAGUUGUCAUAGUAAGCUAAUGAUCCUAACAGAGAAUGUUUGCAUGAUAGCGUGUGUGAGCAGUUUUGUGUUUAUGAUAAUUACACUAAGACUGAAAAUUGUUCCUGUCAAAGUGGGUAUGAUUUAUCAUCUAACAUGGCAAACUGCACAGAUAUUGAUGAGUGCUCAGAGAGCUAAUCCUUGUACUCAGAUUUGUAUCAACACCAUAGGAAGCUUUGAGUGUAACUGCUCAGAUGGAUUUCAACUCCAGUCUGAUGGGUUUACUUGUACAGAUAUUGAUGAGUGUCUAGUGCUAGGCUCUUGUCAAGAGCCUAGGAUAAGAUGUGUGAAUAGUCCUGGAAGUUUUGACUGCUUCUGUCCACUAGGAACAGUCUUUCAGGAUGGAUCAUGUAAAGUUUUUUUGGAACCCAUUCCUUCCUCAUUUGCAAGCUCAAAAUCCUCUGCAUAUUUUUCAUCAACUGUUAAUUCAUCUCCUGUUAUGUCUACAUAUUUUGGCAGUUUUACAAAUUCACCUUCUUCCUCACUGGCAGUUUCCUCACCAUCAGUUACUCCUACUCCCUCACUUCCAGAAAAUUCAGGAGUGAUUGUUGUUUUAAGUGGAACUGACAAAAGCAAUUUUGAUAUUGAGAGUUUUAAAAAUGUAACUGCAGAAGCUUUGAAUGAUUAUUGUAUUACCAAUGACUGUACUAGUGUUUCUUCUGAAAAGAGAAAAAGGGUAGCAGUAAAUAAUUUGAUAGAAGCUAAUGAUAUAGUUAUAACUGAAAUCACUGAAACAAAUAAUGGACUAAGAGUGACGUUUUACAUCAAAGGACAAUCUGGAUCUCCUUUUGAUGCCAAUGCAGUAGUGGCAGCUAUAAAGGCAGCUGAUUCAAAAUAUGCUAAUGCUGGGUUCACAAUUGCUGGUGUUACAAUACUAAAUUCACCAUCAUCUACUAUUGUGGUGACACCAACUGCUUCAGUAACUCCUACAGAUGAUGGGCUACCUGUUGUACAAAUAACAGGAAUAACAAAAGUUGUUGUAAUCGGGAUCUUAAUCAUAUUGAUAAUAAUAAUAAUCAGCAUUUUAUGGUUCAUAUGUGAAAGUGAUAAGAAAAAAGCCAAGGUGAUAGCUCUGGUGUUAUUCUUGAGAAAGAAUUGAAUAAAGAAGAUAAGGAAACUAUCCUCUAAUGUUACUAUUAACCUAAUUAUUAAACCUGCCGAAUGUGCUGAGAAUCUAACAAUAAUAGUUUCAUUUCAUGUAGUUUGCCAUUGUUAGUUUUUUAGGGUAUUUUUGCAUUCCAUAA